AUGUACUCCGCGUUGAGAGUCUAUAUAUCACCUUUGAAGAAUGUGAGACGCACAUCGAUCUGGUGGAGAAAUCAAUACCUAUCCUCCUUCUGGGCGUCGCAUAAUGCUCGCUACUUUUCAGCAUCGAAGCCGGGCCACAAGCAGGAAACAGAUAGGAAUUGCAUCAGAAAGAUCUUUUACGCGUUCGAUCCCGUUGAAAACCAGUCAGCUUCAUCGGCACGAGCCUACUUCUCCUUUCUCGAUCCUCAAGCUGUCACCAACUCGCCCGAACUGCGACAUGCGAAUUGCAUUGUUCCGUCUAGCCUGAAAAUUCCAUGGGUUACAUCUUUCCCUGCCUCGCUGCAGUCCAAGUACUGGGCAGAGGCGGAAGAGGCUGCAAGAGAUUUGCUACGAACGAUCUUUGUCACGCCGUCGCGGAAUAUCUCUGAGAAGUACAUCGAAGCUGUGAUCGACGCGGCUGUGUCAUUGACUGUGAAUGUCGCCCCAACAGGAAGUUUAUCGAGAACGAGAGCUCUGGCGAGGGCUUAUGUACUCAUAUUCAUACAUGAUGACGCUGUUGAGUCGGGAAAUCAGUUCGAUGCAACCAUUCCGAAUACUUAUAACAAUAAUGAGCGACAUACUCAUACCGGAUUUGAUAUGGUAGCCCAGGAGGUCAUGUCUGAAGAUGCUGUGCAAGGCAGGAGAUUUCUGGAUGGUAUGAUAUCGUGGGGAUCUCUGCCACAGACUAUACAACCCAGCACAGCCUUCCCGACACUCAUGGACUACAUGAAGCACCGGAUAGAGGAUGUGGGAGCUUACCCCGUCUUUCGCAGCGUGGAAUUCGCCUCAAAUAUCUCCAUCACAGAUCAAGAUGAACAAGCUCUUGAACGCCUGAGCUCCCUCUGCGCGAAACAUUUUGCAUUAGCCAACGAUCUAUACUCGCACCCUAAGGAAGUCAUCGCCGAAAAGGAGCACGGGGAACCUCUUCUCAACGCUGUCAGGGUCCUACAAGAUUUGAUCGGUGUUUCCUCUUCUUUGGCCAAGUCGAUAUUGCGUAGUAUCAUAUUGGAUACCGAGCGGCAGAUGAGCGAGGAAUAUGAGUCUCUUCUCAACGCAAAGAGUACGACAGCAACACAGUUGGUCUACGCUCGGGGAUUGAUCAUCGCUGUAGCAGGGAACAUGUUCUACUCGGCUACGAGCUAUCGUUAUGCUAAAGCCGUUGAUGGAUCCAGGCUGGUAUAA